UUAUACAUGAAUGUGAUGCAGCGUUUUACAUCAUUUGUCUUUGUUCAGCAUAAAGCUUUUCAAACUGACCAAUCACUGACCGGGUUACCAUGGUUAUUGGAUACGAGGCUUAUCAGUUUUUGCUAUAUGACCGCUACUUGGAAGGGGUUUCUAAUAGGGUUUAUACAUGAUAACGAUCUGUUAUUAAUAAAAGCCGCACAUUAUUAGGUCGAAUGUGUAUAAUUACAAUUUGAAAACAUAUCUCAACUGUAACCGCAGUUGGUGCAUAUAAAUAUAUAAACAUUACAUAAUAUUCCCCGUUCGUUCUAUUAAUUAAUGUCGGUGACAGUUUAAAAACAGCCGACAAAAAAGACACACAAAGAUAUAGGCGAAUUACCCUUAAUGACGCCCCUUUAUAUAUUUGAUGCAACUUUGCCAGAUGUUUUGUAGGAUAAUCCAUUCGGAUGAAAUAUUUGCACUUUUUCUUAACGUAUGUUACGUAGAUUGAGAGUGUUUGUUUAUUAAUCUAUUACAAGGAGAAAUAUAAUUUGUGUUGCCGGGGGAAAAGAAAAUACUGAGCUUGGAUAGACAAUUUUCUAUGAAAAAAAAAGAAUAAAAAUAUAUUUGGAAGUAUGGAAAAACGUAGGCGUGGUCCAUACGGGAAAAGGAAGUUUAAUUUAGAUGAUGAGAAUAUCUCCGAAGAAUUAUUAAAAUCUGGACAUGAUUCUUCAAGUUCUGACGAAUCUGAAUGCCUUCAGCGUCCGAACGAAAUAUACAGUAUAUUAGACCAUGGAAGUGAUAUCGGAAAUAUUAUAUCAACAGAUAUAACUAGAAAAGGAGAAAACGUAAGUUCUUUUCAUUUUUAGUCAAAUUAUACAUGAGGUAAGAACCAGCGGUAUGUACGGAAACGGACGAGGUUGUUUUUCCGUACUCCAAUUAGAUCCGUAAUGACGAGAUUAAGAUAUACCAAUAUGGCGGCUCCCAAGUGGAUCGCGGAAAUUAAGAUUGUAUAGGCGCACAUAUGCCUGUAUUUCAACAGUAUUGAAAUAAGUUCAGUGAUUUCAAGUGCUACGAAUGUACGGGGACUGUCAACGGAUAAAGUACAUGAAAGGGAAGAGACCUCUUCAAGUCAGGUGAGAAUAAAUUACCCAGGACCAUCAACUGCAGUUGGUGGUGGAGAAGUUGAUGCCAGAGAUUUUGAUCAUGAAUUGGAAAUUGCAGAGGAACAGGUUGAUCAGAACAUAAAUUUGAAUUGUGAACAAGAUAUUUCAAAUUGUGACUUGGAAUAUAUGUCAAGCAUUUCUGAUACAGACAUUUACAAUUUGUUAGACAUAGACUCAGAUAUUGAAUGUGUAGAAGAUGAUGACGUAUUUUGUGAAACUGAAGACUCUGAAUCACAGCCGUUAUAUCCUGGUGCAGCAGUUUCCCUUGGUGCCAUUAUGUUACUAUUAGCGUUAUUUUGCACAAAGCACAACUUAGCUGGGGAUGGAAUUCAGCAACUUCUAAAUAUAUUUGCAAUAGUUUUACCAAAUGGAAAUAUUAUGAGUACAACUUUACAUGAAUUUAAAAAAUUCUUCAGAAGUUUGAAAACUCCUAUUGUGAAACACUUUUACUGUGAACAUUGUCUGGGGUUCCUUGGAGAUGAAAACAAUUGCAAUGACGUCUGUCCUUUCUCUACAUGUGGCAAGCCUUUGAAGCAAAAUAAAGAAUACUUUUUAGAGAUGCCUGUGGAGUCUCAGCUUCAGAGCUUGUUUUCACAGGAAGAUUUUUACACUUCUAUUCAAUAUAGAUUUACAAGGACUCAAAAAGUUACAUUAAGUGAUAUAUAUGAUGGAAAUCUAUACAAACAAUAUUAUGAAAAUGGCGGACCUCUGUCUUUUCAAGAAAAUAUUUCAUUUACCUUCAACACUGAUGGUGCAUCUGUAUUUAAAAGUAGCAAUGUUUCUGUUUGGCCUAUUUUUCUUGUUAUUAACGAGUUACCAUACAAAUUAAGAAUGAAGAAAGAGAACAUGAUACUUGCUGGUCUUUGGUUUGGAAAUAAAAAACCUUUCAUGGGAACAUUUUUACAACCUUUUUUACAAAAAUUUAAGAAAUUUGAGCAAGGCAUUAACAUUACUUGCAAAGAACGUGGCCAGUUUUUAUGCAGAGCCUUUUUACUUUGUGGCACUUCUGAUUUACCAGCACGAUGUUUACUCUGUAAUAGUGUACAAUUCAAUGGGUCAUACUCUUGCUGGAAAUGCCUACAAAAGGGUGAAACUGCUAAAGUAGGAAAAGGUCAUUGUCAUGUAUUUCCUUUUCAAGAGGAAGAUCCUAAAAACCCUGAGCGCACAAAAGAAUCUGUGGUUCAUGAUGCAAGAAAAGCACUUGACAAGUUAGAAUCUGGUGUAAAACAAUAUUCAGUAAAUGGCAUAAAAGGACCAUCAUGGCUCUCUUUCUUCCCACGUUUUGAUAUUGUACAAGGAAUAGGUAUAGAUUAUAUGCAUGGUGUGCUUUUAGGUAUCCAAAAACUGAUGAUAACUUUGUGGUUUUCAUCCACGCAUAAAGGGAAGCAUUUCAGUUUUUUCAAUUCUGUUUUUGAAGCUGACCGAAGACUUUUGUCCAUCUGCCCUACUCUAAAUAUUUCAAGGUUACCAAGAUCUAUUAAUAAUGAUUUAAAGUACUGGAAAGCCUCCGAAUUUAGAUCUUUCUUGUUGUUUUAUGGCGCACCAAUACUUAAUGGUAUUUUAGAUGCCAAUAGAUUUCAACACUUUUUACUCUUAGUAAAUGCUUUACAUAUUUUAUUAAAGUCCGGCUGCACAGAAACAGAACUUGUCUCUGCAGAACUUAUGCUAGCAGAAUUUGUCAGAGACUUUCCUCAUUUGUACGACCGUUGUUUUAUGACACUUAACAUGCAUCAGCUGCUGCAUUUGGUGGAUGAUGUACGCCAACUAGGACCACUUUUCACACACAGUUGCUUUCCAUUUGAAGACAAAAAUGGUGUUUUAUUGAAAAUGAUACGUGGAACGCAAAACAUUGAUACUCAAAUAAUUACUGGUGUCUCUUUUCUUCAGAAAUUGCCUGAACUGAAACUUAAAACAAUAAAGAAAGGGACUGACCUUGAAAAGUUGUAUAAUUCUAUUGAACAUCCAACUCUUCUCACAAGAGGUAUGAAAAUUACAGACAAUAUCUAUGUUUUAGGAUCUGUUAAAACAAGAGUUCUUACAAAUGAGGAACAUGCUGCAGUUUGUGACUUUGUUGGUUUUGAUCCUGUUUUGAACGAAAGUAUCAGAUAUUUUAAAAGACUAGAAUUUAAUGAUAACUUGAUAUAUGGGACAACUUAUUCAAGAAUGAAAAAAAGAGAUAAUUCUGCUAUCUGCUAUAAACUUGAUAAUAUUCUUGACCAAAGUACUGAAUUGUUUGGACGUGUAAAAGAUUUUCUUAUUUUGGAUGUAUAUGACAAUCUUUAUGAAAAUGUAUUUGCCGUUGUUAAGAAAUUGAAUUGUAAGCAGUAUUCACCUAGUUGUAUUCUGGCUGUAAAAGAAAGUGAAAAACUUACUGCAGUGCCACUAGCCUCAAUAAUUGAAAGUUGUGUUUUUGUGUCUUAUACAACAACAGGCAACCUAAAGCGUUCAUUUGUGUGCAGAUUUCCAAACACAUUUGAAUCGGACUGAUUCCAUUCGAACAGUAACCUAUGAUGAAUACUCUUAAAACAUGGACUACAUGUAUUUUUGGAAAAGAAAUAUUCUUUUUAGUCACAACUGCAAAAAUUGUCUAUGUCAGGCUGUCUGCACACUUACUUGAGUACCAUUUUUAGCUUGACUUUUCGAAGAAAAAGUAGAGCUAUUGCUCUCACCCUGGCGUUGGCGUCCCUGACCCUUGGUUAAAGGUUUUGAUAAAGUGAAAUAUCUCUGUUACUAUCAAACUAUUGAACUGAAACUUAAAAAAGUUACUAUCAAAUCUACACCAAGAGAAACACUCCCUAUAACUCUGAUUUGAAUUUUGACAGAGUUAUGCCCUUUUUUAACUUUAAUUUUUUGGUUAAAGUUUUUGAUCAGAAGUCAAAUAUCUCUGUUACUGUCAAAGCUACUGACUAGAAUCCUAAAAUACAUAUUUAUUAUCAAAGUCUGCUCCAGGAGAAACAAUGCCCAUAACACUGAUUUGAAUUUUGAUGGAGUUAUGCCCCUUUUGACUUGGAAUGUUUUGGUUAAAACUUUUGAUAAAGUCAAAUAUCCCUGUUACUAUCAAAGCUACCGACUUAAAACUUCAAAUAGUUAUUAAAAUCUAUCGAAGUCUUCUCCAGGAGAAACAAUCCCAAUAACUCUGAUUUGAAUUUUGACAGAGUUAUGACCUUUUUUAACUUGGAACAUUUUGGUCAAAGUUUCAUAAAGUUUUUGGCAAAACUAUAAUUCAGAAUCAAGCUCUGAGAAAAGUCAAGCCACUGCUGUCUUACUGACAGCUCUUGUUUUUUGUUAAACCCACCUUUUUAUAUAAAAAACUAUUUAUUCAUCAUCUUAUUUACAUACACAAUUUUCAGAUCUAUUUUCUCUGAAUAGCCAUGUAAAGUGAAAUCAAGGAACAGUAUUUUACAUAAAAAUUUAUUCCUUUGAACAAAACUUCUUGGUUAAUUUAAUUUUGAAAUUUGUUCAAAUUUGAUUACAUAUAAUUUUAUCUUUUCAUCAGUUAAAUGAAAUAAUGUUUUUUAGUAAUGAUGAUUUUGUGAAGCUGUAUAAAAUACUAAAUGCUACUAUUGCAAAAUAAAUUAUUAAAUGUUUGCACAAAAAUUUGUCUAAGUUCUAUUUUACGUGUUAUAUUUUACGUCCGUAAUUCUGUACUUAGAAAAUAUUUUACCAAUAAGAUAAACUAGAAAAAUCUAAGUACAAUUUUACGUCCGUAAAACAGUUUUUGAAAAUCUGCGUACAAAAGUACGCCCGUAAAAUUAAAUUUUUGUCCUGGAAAUAAAUUUACGCCCGUAAUUUGCAAAAUUGUACGCACGUAAUAUUGAGACGGAAACUGUAAAAUUUGAGUUACGUCCCAGUUCCUGGUCUAAAAGUAUAGUUACGUGUGUUUUACGUGUAUUUUACGCCCGUAAUACGCCUGUUUAUUUCAU